GAUAAUUCUCCACUUCAAUAAUGUUCUGUUUAUUUAUAUUUACAUUGUAUCAAUUCUAAUUCAACAUCAACAUCAACAUCAUCGCGAAAAUUAGAAUGUGCUUAUAUUGAAUUGAACUAAAAUUUGAAAGUUUUGAAAAUUAAAGUCUCAGUGAUGGCUGAUGACAGAGUGUGCUUAAAAAGUUGCGAAAGACGUUUUGAUAGCAGGAGAAAGGAAACAUGUGAUAGUAACUCUUCAGGGCCACCUACUGAAUCCUGCCAGAAAUGUCGCAAUUUUAAUUGGAUCGAUGUGACAGAGGAAUUUUUCAAAGCCACAGAAGAGUUGGAAUUAGGACAACUUCUUCAUGAUGAUAUGUUUGGACUUUUUGAAGCAAUGUCUGCUAUUGAAAUGAUGGAUCCUAAAAUGGAUGCUGGAAUGAUGUGCAAUCGUGGCAAUAAAAAAGUUCUUAACUUUGAUCAAGCACUCAAAGCUGAUAAAUUGAAAAUUAAAGAUUUAACAGUUGAAGAGCAAAUUGGAAUCAUAGAUGCUACUCUUGCAUGCUUGGUAACUUGGUUAGAAGGACAUUCUCUUGCACAGACUGUUUUCACAAACUUAUAUCUACAGAAACCUCACAUGGUAGAAGAUAAAAUUAUACGAGCUUUUAGUAUACACUCUUUAAAGUUGUUAGACGUUAUUAGAGAUUUUAUAAAUAAGGCUGGUGUAUUUGAAGAGGAGGAUUUUCAACCAGUCAUGUAUGGUUAUAAAUUAGCUAAUGAUAUUCCCGUGGGUAAAGCCACAGCCAUGUUAAAAGAAGUGGAAGAAGAGUUAUUAAAGAAAGUAAAGCUAACUCGGUCCAAGCCCGGUGAAGAACAGGAUAUAGAAGUCCAAACAAGACAUGAGGAAGCAGUAGCUCUGUAUUCUAGAAUAAAAUUUUGCCGAAUACUUUAUCAAGCACUUCUUUUGUUUCAGAAGAAAAAGUGUUUUGCUGUAGAUGAAGUUGAUAAAUUUCUAGUUCAGUGUCAUGAAUUGCUUCCUAUCAUGGAAAAGACUAUUCAUUUAGGUAUUCGUCCUGAUCCAAAUGCUGAAAGUAGCAAUAGAGCUGAUUAUCCUACUAUUUUGGGUUUUGAACCAUUGGUGAAUCAACGAUUGUUGCCUCCAACUUUUCCUAGAUAUACUAAAAUAAAGACACGCAAGGAAUCAAUUGAAUAUCUUUCUUUAUUGGUUUCUCGACUGCGAACUAUCUGUAAUAUAACGGAAUGUGUUACAUUCCAUUCUGCUUUGGAUUUUCUAAAUGAGUUCAGCAAAACAUCCCCAUGUGUUCUUUCCAGAUCAGUGCUACAAUUACUCUACUUAAAUCAAGCCAAAUGCAGUGAACCUGGCAAAAUCUUGGGUACCAUGCAUAUUAUAGAUGUCUUGAGAGAUGCCAUAAAAUCCUUCAUCAAACCACCAGUUUUAAUGCCAAGAUCUCCUUUACUCUUCAAUCCACAAACCAAAGAAUAUGUUGAGACAUUUCUUGGUCACUGUGUCCGCCCAUUUUGUACUUUGGUGCAAAUAACAGGCCAUAAUCGUGCAAGACAGCGAGACAAAUUGUCUCAUCUAUUAGAGGAGUUGGCUGCUCUACAGGAAGAGGCUGACAAAGUGGAUGCCUUUCUUCACAGUAUUUGUAUUAAAUUGGAUAAUCCAUGCACUCAUUUAGCUUGCUUUGGUACAUGGGUUCUUUACCACACUUUAAAAGUUAUGAUUCAGUAUGUACUGUCUGGAUUUGAACUGGAGCUAUAUUCAAGCCAUGAAUAUAUUUAUUUGUUUUGGUAUUUAUAUGAAUUUUUGUAUGGUUGGAUGGUGUCUUCAUUAUCCAGAGCAAAUAAUUUUCUUACUGAACAAGAAAACAAAGCAGAUCAGAUGUUUCAAAAAGGUAGAAAUAACAAAAGAAGUAAGAAAAAGAAAAGGAUACAACCACACAGGAGAGAAAUUAUCCUUAAUCAAGCUUUACAGAAUUUAUGUGGUGGAUAUUACAAGGCAGUGGUAGGAUUUCAGUUAGAUGGAAAACUGAAACGACCACUGGCGGAAUUUGAUAAAGAGCAAGUCCGAUAUGAACACAGAUUUGCGCCAUUUAAUGCUGUGCUUACCCCUCCACCAGUGCCCUAUAACCAGUUUCAAGAAAUGACUAAUCUUCCAGAAAUUCAAAAGCGUUUCACUGCUGAAGAUUUAUAUUUAGAAGCAUGCAAGUGUUUCCAUCAUGCACGAACAAAUUUGGAAAACAUCUCAGAACCAAAUGAAGAAAUGAUGAAUUUGUUGAAAGUUGCAAAAACAAAUUUUAUUGUUAUGAAGUUGCUGCAUAGUGGCCACAAGAAAGGCUCUAAAACUCCUCCAGAAUUUGACUUCUCAGUGCAUAAGAAUUUUCCAACUAUUAAAGUCAUGUAAAAUGUUUGUACAUAAAAAUACUUCAUAUUUGUUAAAAAAAUAAAUUAUAUCAUUUGGUCUUAUGAA